AUGGGGCUGGAGACGCUGUCUUGUGAGGAGAGGCUUCAGGACCAGGUCUGGUUCAGCUGGGAAGAGAGAAGACAUUGCAGCCUUGGCAUGGACAGGAGGGAGACAGAGAAAACACAGCUGUCAGAGUGGUGCAUUAGUGGAGAGUGGGAGGUAGUAGCACAGCUGAAACAGUGGAAAUUCAUAGCACCCGGGCGGCGGCCUCCCCACCUUGGAGGGCAUUCCAGCCCCAGCCACGCCGGCCUCGGGCGACCGGCCGGGCCCGACCCGCUCCGGGACGGGGGUGGGACGGGCCGCCCACCCGCGGAGCCCCGGGCCCUCCCCGCCCCUGUCCUGCCUCCCGCGGCCGCGGCUGCUCUCGCUGCGCCCCGCCGGGGCCGCUCAGCCCCGCGCACACCCCGACCCGGGGCGGCCGCCUCAGCCCCGCUCCCGCCGCCGGCCCCGCUCCUCCGGCGCGAAAGAUGCUGCGGCUCUGCCUCCUCGCCGCGCACGGUAAGAGCCCACGGGGGCCGCGCCUCGGCGCCGCCCGCCCGCCCGGGAGCGGUGGGAGCGCUCCGGGGCUGCUUCGGGGUGGGCGGCGGCCCCCGGGCCGGGCGCGCCGUGACUGGGGCUCGCUUUGUUCUUGCAGCUCUGCGGCUCGCCGGGGCGGCCUUGCUCUCCCCCGGGUCGUGCGCCUUCGAGGACAGCGCCUGCGGAUACCAGUGGGACUACGCGCAUCUGCCCUGGACGCUGCACGGGGAAGGACAUUACAUUUCUGUGGAUACAUCUUACGAGGGUGAGAAAGCAGUGCUGUACAGCCCAGAUCUGUACUCCGAGGAGUGGACCUGUGUCAGACUGAUUUAUCAGAUAGCAACGACUUUAGAGACUUCACCUGAUCCCACCAGGCUCAACCUGUACCUGAGGCAGGAAGGAGAAAGUUUUGAUCGUUUGCUGUGGUCAGCCAAGGAGCCCUCAGACAGCUGGCUCAUAGCUAGCUUAGAUUUAAUGAACAGCACAAAGAAGUAUAAGCUUGUACUGGAAGGUGAAAUGGGACAAGAUAAAUCUGCCAGUAUAGCAAUUUUUGAAAUCAAAAUAACUCCUGGAUAUUGUAUGGAAUGUGACUUUGAAGAAAAUCAUCUUUGUGGUUUCGUGAACCGCUGGAAUCCCAAUGUCAACUGGUUUGUUGGUGGAGGAAACAUUCGCAAUUCUCAGUCUAUCCUGCCCAAAGACCACACACUUAACAGUGCACUGGGUCAUUACAUGUACGUGGACUCUGUUUAUGUCAAACAUUUUCAGGAAGUGGCCCAGCUAAUCUCACCAAAGACAACAGCCCCAAUGUCUGGAUGCUUAUCUUUUUAUUAUCAACUUAAGCAGGAGAGCAGCAUUGUUUUUACUGUUUACUUGAGAGAUGUGAGUGGCUUUUACGAAGAGAUCUGGAAAACAGACACUGCUCUGAGUACAGACUGGGCACUGGCAGAAGUUGACUUCAAUGCACCGUACCCCAUGGAGGUAGUAUUUGAAGUUGCUUUCAACAGUGCCAAGGGAGGUUACGUUGCCCUUGAUGACAUUUCUUUCUCUCCAGUUUACUGCAGCAAUCAGACAGGAACUCUUUUCGAUCCUGCCAAUGCAGGCUGCAACUUUGAGGAAGAUCUGUGUAAUUUUUACCAAGAUCAGAAAGAUGGCCCAGGAUGGAGCAGAGUGAAAGUGAAGCGCAAUGUUUAUAGAGCAGGAGAUCACACUACUGGGUUUGGUUAUUACUUGUUGGCGAACACAAAGUAUACAUCACAGCCUGGGUACAUUGGACGUCUAUACGGCCCUACCCUGCCAGGAAACUUGCAAUUUUGUCUGAGUUUUUAUUAUGCCUUAUAUGGGUUUUUCAAAAUGAGUGGCACUCUUGCAGUUUAUAUCUUCGAGGAGAAUCAUGUUGUUCAAGACAAAAUCUGGUCUGUCUUGGAUUCUCCAAAGGGAGUUUGGACUAAAGCUGAAAUCUCCUUCAAAAAGCCUAUGCCUUGCAAGGUUGUCUUUGUCAGCUUGUGUAAAAGCUUUUGGGAUUGUGGACUUGUGGCACUGGAUGAUGUAUCAUUGAGCCUGGGAAGCUGCCAGGCUGCUGAUUCAUUUCUGCUCAGCCCUGGAGAGUGUACUUUUGAAAAAGACGAGUGUAUGUUUACCCAAAAGAAGAGAGGUCGUGGGAGCUGGCACAGGAGGAGGGGUCCAACUCCCACUUCUUACACUGGUCCAAAAGGAGACCACACUACUGGGGUAGGGUACUACAUGUAUAUAGAGGCAUCUGACAUGGUCUAUGGACAGAGAGCGUACCUUUUUUCAAGAUUACUAAGAGGAAUAUCUGGAAAACAGUGCUUGACAUUUUUCUAUCACAUGUAUGGAGCUGGGACUGGAUUAUUAAGUGUUUAUCUAAAAAAGGAAGGGGAUGAUGAAGAGAUUCCUUUGUGGAGGAGGACAGGGGAACAAAGCAUCUCAUGGCUAAGGGGACUGAUAGAAUAUGAAAGCGACAGAAACUACCAGAUUAUUUUUGAGGUGAUCCGCGGUGUGUCAAUGAGAAGUGACACUGCUAUUGAUGAUAUUCUGUUCCAGGCAGGACCCUGUUUAGAAGUGGAAGAAAUUCAGUUCUCAUCAGGCUAUCCUGACAGCUUAAACGAAAUUGAGUAUUAAAUACAGUCUGCUGAAAGAAAGUGCAUAGA